CUCUCGCGAGUCAGUCACCCCGUCAUUCCCCGCGCCUCCUCCAACCCUCCGUUUUCCUUACAACCUCUCCCUUCCAACACGGCUCAUAUACCCAAAACUACGCUCCAGUCUCCGAACCGCAUGCCUUUCUCCCCCAUCUCACUGUCGCACUCACAAUGGCCACCCCACGCUCACCCCAAUGCCCCUCGCUGCCGCCUGAACUCUGGAUCCGCAUCCUCUCCUACAACACCGACCUCACGCACCUCUGGACCACCUGCCGCCAAAUCUCGCACUCCUUCCGCGCGUACACCGAGCAAGUCUUCGCCGAAUCCGUCUUGCGCGACACGCACAUCGACUUCCAGCUAGAGAAGUACAAUCUAGGCGGCAAAUCCAAGCGUCCCGAAAUACCCACCUCGUUCUCGCAUUUCGAACUCGGCGCGAAGCUGCACGGUGGAGGGAGAGAUAAGAGCGUGGCGUGGUUCAAGGACAAGCGCAAGAAGGGGGAUGUGGCGGGUGGGGCGGCAGGCAUGGCGUACAAGAGGGUGAUGCAGAGGUGGGAGGAGAAUGUUCGCGGAUGGAAGCCCGAGAUGCCACACUAUACCAUAAGAGUCGGGAGCGUGGUGAACGACACCGCACUCCCCAAUCUGACGAUCAAUAUCGCCGACCGCGAAAUCGGCUUCGACUGGCGGCGCAUGUUCCAGCUCUUUUUCCGCGAGCAACAGCGCUUGCGCAUUCUCAAGCAGAAAUGGCACUCCAGCACCGCCGCGCAAAUCCAACGAAACAACGCUCGCCUCGCAAAGGGCGAAAAGCUCGCUGCAGCCGACUACCCUCCACCGUGGCCUGCCGCCGAAGUCGAAAUCCGGAAGGAGGUCCGCCGUGCGCGGCUAAAAGAACACUACAAGCACGACGAAGAAAUGCUCUGGGCCAUCGACAGCCUCGCACACUUCGAGAACCAUGGCGCGGUCGGUGGAAGUGGGACGGCGUUUAAAAUAAACCCUGAUCUGCCUGGCGCUGGCGUGGGCGAGAAGUGGUUUGGCAGUGUGAAUCUGGUUCAGGGGCUGUAUUUGGAUGAGUGGAGUUGCAUGCAUAGGACUGAUACGAAGGUAGAGCAUUUGAGGGGCGAAGGUGAGUACGAUUUGUCUGUGAGCUAAAGCGGGAGCUUAUAUGUGGGCUGGAAAGGAAAUGACUGGGGUUAUGUGGACUAUAUUCCACCUCCUGAUCUUGCUGAGAUGCGUAGGACGCCGCCGGCGAUGGUGCUGCUUCCGGUAGAAAGCACUGGACAUCAGUUCAACGGGAUGUGCUUUACCGGGAAUUCGAUGAUCUAGGCUUGUCUGCGGGACGACAGCGUACUCGGCUAGGCGA